AUGGCGCAGGCGCUGGAGGGCUUCGACGUGGAGGCGUACGCCGCCAAGUACAGCGGCCGCAACCGCACCGAGCGGCUGCUGUUCCUCACCAAGACGUGCCCCGAGCUGCAGGCCGAGGCGAAGCGCGCGUUGCUGCGCGAGCUCAAGGGCAGCCUGAACAUGGGACUGUACGCCGAGAUUUUAGGUGAAAAGGUCCAGGAGGAGGCGAGUUUCAUCGACAACGUGAAACACAACGCGGCGCAGCAACACGAGCGUCUGGAGCAGGAGUUGAACUCGUACAAGUCCACGAUGAUCAAGGAGAGCAUCCGGAUGGGCCACAACGACCUGGGGGAUUUUUACUACGAAAUGGGUGAUUUGCCAGCUGCUCUCAAGAGUUUCGCCCAGGCCCGCGACUACUGCACCACGGACAAGCACAUUAUUGAAAUGUGCCUAAACGUGAGCAAAGUGGCGCUGCACAUGCGCAACUUCGGCCACGUGACCAACUACCUGACCAAGCUGGAGCAAGUCAACGCGCCUCAGAGCGACCCAAUCUUGAAGUCAAAGAUCGCAUCGGCUUUUGGACUUGUGGCGCUGAACGAGAAAAGUUACCACGCGGCCGCCUCCAAGUUCAUCGAGUGCAGCGCCGAGAUCGGUUCGAGUUACAAUGAGGUUCUGCACGCAGAGGACAUCGCUCUAUACGGCGGAAUUUGCGCGCUGGCGUCUUUCAAGCGUGAAGAGCUCAAGGAAAAGGUGAUCAACAAUUCGUCGUUCAAGGCGUUUUUGGAGUUGCUGCCGUGGCUGCGUGAGCUCAUCACCGACUUUUACUCCAGCAACUACGCGUCGUGCCUGCAGACGCUGGAGAAGAUGAAGCCUGAGCUCAAGCUGGACUUGUACCUGUGUGAGCACAUGGAGAAGCUGUGCAAGGAGAUCCGCAGUCGUGGGAUCAUCCAGUACUUCUACCCGUACCUGUCGGUGGAUCUGCACCAAAUGGCGCGCACGUUUAACACGCCGACACCAGACCUUGAGAAGGAAAUCUGCGAGCUCAUUGCGGCCGAGCGCUUGCACGCGCGAAUGGAUUCGUAUCAGAAGGUGCUGUAUGCUUAUCACCCGAACCAGCGCGCGGCCACGUACGAGCGCGCAUUCGAAGUGGGCCGCAAGUACGCGGCCGAGUCGCGCAACCUGCUGCUGCGCAUGAGUCUGCUCAAGAACAACGUUAUUAUCCGCGACUCGUAA